UUCAUUUUCCAGCCAACUUUCUCUUUGGAGACACACUACCAAAUCCAUAAGAAAUACAGAUUAAAUGAAGAAGUAGCGAAAGAGUGGAAAGAAGAUGGCAAACACCAAUGGGGUUAUCAUAACUGUGUAUGUUGAAUCACAUCCCACCACCGCCCAACCUUCUUCACAAUCCGUUCCCCUCAUCAGCAGAAACCCUGUUUCCAGAAGGCCUAAAAGAGGCCAAUGUUCUGAUCGUCGGGCUCGCCUCUUAGCUUACACUCAACAACUCAGAGCGGCUGAUAAAUAUCACCACCCAAUUGAAUGGAAUCAUUCAAGUCCCAAAUCAAAGAAAUGGAAGUGCCCAAUUACACCAAGAAGACUAGCGAUUUCUUUUCUGGGAAUUUUUCGUAACACAAAACGACGAUGGAAGUAUCAACGUAUGCCAUCAGAGGAGGGGGAUAAAUGUAACUGUAGUGGGAAGAAAAACAUAUUUCGGAGAAGAAAAUUUUGGAGCAAACUGAAGCGAAUGUUCAAAGGAUUAUCUUUUGUUUGGCAACGGAAGAAAAGGGUUAAUGGAAAAUUAAGUUGAGGAUCCAAUUUGGAGGGAAUUUGUUGGCUUAAAAGUCUUAACUGAUGCCGAUAUUAUUCCACCAUUCACGAUCUUUUUGUUACGUUGAAUCUGUAAACUGGAAAAAUGUAAUAAUUUGUUGAAUAGACUUGCAAUUCAUUGAUGAUCUUUUUCUCA